UAGAUCCUCUGCAGUUGCCAAGCAUGUGGUCGCAGUGAGCAUUAAUCUUGUGGUAUAGCGAAUUCAUUUUGUCUGCACUCUCAUAUUCUUCAGACUUUGGGAUAGUUGAAGUUCUAUGUUUGGGGAAAAGUUUGGCAUCGAUCCUAUUAAUGCUUUUGCAUUCUGGGACUGGGUUGGUGGCAGAUUUAGUGUUUGCAGUGUUGUUGGUGUGUUGCCUUUGUCUCUCCAAUAUGGUUUCUCAAUUGCUGGGAAGUUCUUGAAAGGAGCACAAAGCAUUGAUCAGCAUUCAUAUUCUGCACCAUUUGAAAAAAAUCUACCUCCUGGAAAAAUUGAAUUUGGCGAACCAGGAGCAAAUGGCCGUCAUAGCUUUUAUCAACUAAUUCACCAGGUCUGGAUGGAAAGUAAUAGCAAUGGAGCAUCUAUUGAUGGUGCAUUAUUUCCUUUGAGACUAGAGAAAUUGAAUUUGACAAACCAGGAGCAAAUGGUCGGCAUAGCUUUUAUCAAAUAAUUCACCAGGUAGUUUUGUAGGGUGCUUGGGGACUAAUGUGGGUGUUUUCUACUCUUGGAUCUAUAGAGAAAGGUUUAAAACCUUUUAUGAAAUCCUCUGAAGGCUUUUACAUGAGAGCAAAUGAAAAAGUUGAACGUUCUUUUACAAAUGAGUGUUCCUGUCAAGGCUGACUGGGUUGGCCACUUUUUAGAUAUCGUUAGAGCAUUUACGAUGUUAACAUUGCCUAAGAUUACCUAGACAUGUUGAGGGGGUGCAUGGCUUUCGAUCGGACCUACUAUUGCUUAAUUUGAAGAUUUGUAACUUUAUAUUUAAACAUUUGAAAAUGUCCACCCAAAUAGUGUAAUGUCUGAAACUGUGGUUUUGACUAGCUAAGAACUAGAUGCUGUAGAGAUCUAUGGAGAAAAUAAGAUGUAAAAAUUCAUUAUUAAAGAUAUAGGGUUGUAAAAAGGGUGUUUCUCGAUCAAAUGAUGGUGAGUUCAGCCUUUAGGAUGGUUAUAAGCAUCACAUUCAGUAGUUUAAAGGUGCCUCCUUGAUCAUCUAAAAAACUGAAGAAGAAGCAAAGUACCUUGAAUGAUGUUGUUUUGACUAAUUCCUAUAUAUUAGGAUUUUUAUUUUUAUUUUUGAUAUGUCAAAGUUCAAUUCAAUCUCUUAUGUUUUGAUUUCAUUCUAUUUUAUCAUUUAUUUUCCUUUAUUUUCUAAUUUCAUACAAUUGUGUCCCUAUCAACUUCAAUUGUCACCCUCAAAUCCGAACGCCUUUUAAAGUUGGUCAUUGUUUUCUGAUUUGUUCGAUUACGCUCAUAAGUGACCACUAAAAUUUUAAUUUUUUCGAUUUAACCCUUGAUUUCUUCUUGUUCUAGUCAUUAAAGUUGCACGUAUUUUGCAAAUUUAACCCCCCUGAUUUCUCUUGACUACACAUUUAGAAUAAAACAUAUAACAAACCUCCCUAUCAUAAUAGACAUUUCUACCUAUUUGAACUCCAAUAACCUAUAGAUCAAGAGCAAGUUCGUACUCAUAUAGUGUUGGUUGUCCAUGGGUGGAAUCAAACCUUGUCAAAGUCUUGCACCUGUGACAUCCCCACCCCUAGAAGGGGUUCUUCCUAAUGUGGUUACAUAAUCUCCUUGGAAGAGGUUCUAUCUAGAGCAAUGAUGUAAUCUCCUUAGAAAAUGUUCUCUUUAGUGCCAUAAAAUUGCUUUUCAAAUGAUGGAUUAAAGAGUUCCUUAAAGUUUAACAAAUCACCUCAUGAUAUAUUAUAUUUGAUAUAAAGUAAGUUUAUUUUUAAAUUAAAAUAAUUGUAUCUUCAACAUAUAUUUCCUAUCUAC